AUGGAUGUGAAAGCACCUAUUCUUCAAGUAAUCCGCAUUCGCCCUCCAUUUGGUGAUCCUAGGAUGCCUAAAAGAGAACACGCUCCUCGCGGGACUUCUCGGUCAAGUCAAAGUCGCAGGUCAGCCCCUAUCAAAGGGCUGUCUGAAUGGACGGCGAGGCCGCUGUGCCUAGUUCAACAGACAAGUUGGAGUGUCACCGGAGCCACGACUGUUCAGUUUAACAAGCCUCAGAUGAGAGCGCCAGGGCUACCAACGGCUUUCAGUGCUAGGGGCCCAGAAGAAUAUAGAUUGCGUGUUGAUCUCGGAUCGAGUGCGGGUUGGUUUUUGGUAUAUGUUAAGAUUAUGGACACAAAUAGAGGUGUGAAAAUGGAAAAGAUGUCCAAUGAGAAAGCUAAGUGUUCAUCUGUUUGGCUUCGUAUCAAAUGCUUUAGCGGACAAACUGUACUUACAAGUCGAUCAGUCAUAUCCUGGGGGAAGAUAUAUAGAGACAGCUCCGCAUCACAGCCACCAGCCAAACAGAAACUGCUCGGUGAGGGACAAGAUUUCAACAAGAUCAUAGCAACCAAAACGCCAUCAUCAUGUGCUCCCAUCCCCUGCGAGGCCGCCAGACGUGGCCCCAAGGGCUGGUUCUCCUGGUGUACCCCAAGUCCGCCACCCUGCCACGAGACCCGGAGCUACAGGCAUGCCAACGGGUAUUGCCCCUCCUGUAUUAUCCUGAACCAGGCUGUGACGCGCGCGCCGCCGAAGCGACGACCAGCUAUGAAGAAGCGGCGCCAGAGUGAGCGAGAGAUCCCGAGAGAGCGAGAAAGAGUGCGUGAGCGAGAGACUCCGAGGGAGCGAGACAGAGUGCGUGUGCGAGAGAUUCAGAAUGAACGAGAGAGAGCGAGGACUCGGGAAAGAGCUCGUCGGCGUCUGGAUGACGGUGACAUGCAACAGACUCAUAUCCCUCGCAACUCUCGUGCGGUCAUCGAAAACCCGGUGGGGUUAAAUGCGUCGUACUACGCAGUCCCGACUAAGGGAGACGAACUCUUCAUGCCGCCCUCUAACUCCGACAAUACCCUCAGGGAGCUCACAACCCAGAUGGUGCUAAACCGACCGUAUCGCUCGGAGCAGACAAUGGUUGCGGAGCAAAACCAGCCGAAGCCAGACGACCCACCUCGCCCUGUUUCGCCCUUGACUGCGUCGGAGUUGAACGGUUCGGCUGCGACGGUUAGCGAUUUGGAUCCGGAGUUCGAUGCCUGA